UAAAAUCGAUAGUCUUCUUUAGUAUCUCGUUGGUGCUUGAGUAGGAUAGUUCGGGUUAUACUGCCGUCUUGUGUUCAGCUUGUAUACACGUCGUCGAGUGUUGUUUGUAGUGUAGUGAUUUAUUUUUAUACACGCAAUAUUUUUAUUUUAUACGUUUAUCUCUACAUCUCUCUUUUGUGACUAAACGAGAGCGAUUAAUCAAAUCACAGAUUCUGUGAUAAAUAAUUUCUUAUACUAGAAAUCGACGAUUAAAAGGAAACUUGGGCAUUUAAUCCAUUUAAAAUAAUACAAUAACAACAUCAAAUUUUAUACACUGUUAUAGAAUUGUGUAAUUAAUCCAAGAUGAUGAAAAAUAUUGCAUUGGUAAGCGGUGGUGCUUUAGCUGUAUAUAUACCUCAGUACUUAUACAGAACAUACCAAUGUUAUCUAAAGAAAGAAGAAUCACACGACAGUACAAAUAGCAGUACAGUGGCAAUAAAUGAACCACGAAUGUAUGAUGUUAUGUUCUUCACAAAGAAAUCAUCUAUUUGUCGAUUUCAUCUGAAUAAUGAUGCAGUAGGUUGUAAAAUGAAGCAUUGCCCAGUAAAAUAUUUAAGGAAAAUCAAGGGCUAUUUGGAUUCUGCAACUGACUCAUUAUAUGUAUGUGUAUUUAUCAUCACAUGUCCAUAUUUAAGAGAAGCGAUAAUAGCAGCAAAAAAAAGAGGUAUCACUGUUAAAAUAAUAACAGAUACUGGGGCAUUAAUGAACAUAAGUACCAAAGUUGCAUUAUAUGAAUCAAAAGGUAUCGAAGUACGGUAUGUACAACAGAACAGUGAAGAAACUUUGAUGCAUCAUAAGUUUGUUGUUAUUGAUUGUCACAUCUUGAUAACUGGUAGUACAAACUGGACCAUGUCUGCAUUUUUUGGGAAUUUUGAGAAUUUAAUAGUGACUAAUAAUCCAGAAGUCGUUGAAAAAUAUAAACAGGAGUUUAUAAAGAUAUGGGAUGAGCUUUGUGUAACAUACAGUGGCUUAUCUAGAGAGACGUGGUUUCAGAGACGUAUCAACAAGAAACUUCGUCCUUAUGUACCGAAGAAAAAAUAUCGAAAAAAAUUUACUAAAUAUUUACACGAUGUAGCUUUUAAUGAAGAAUAAUUAAUCUAAAUUCUUUUAUUAAAAAAGAAUUAACAAUUAUUUUUAUAAAAAGCUAAAAUUUUCUUUAGAUUUUAAGAAAAUAUAUAUUUCCUUAUUUAAACACUAUUUUAUAUUAUAUAACUAAACAUAUUAUUAACGCAUCAAGUAAAUAUUUUUUUCUAUUUUUUAGAUAUUUUUUCAGUAUAGAUCUCAUUAGUAUAGACCUCGUCAGUAUAGAUGUUGAUAAAAAACAUCUUUAAAAGUUCCUAUUGUAUCGUGAUACAUACAUGUUACUACGUGCAUAUAUGCCAUAUUAUAAACAGAUGAUUUAUACAUACACACUUUUUAUAAAACAAUGACGCUAUUUUGAUAAACUUUCAUAUACAGAUAAUAUGUAAUUACCAAAUAUAAGUAUGUACACGUGUAUAAUAUAUAUUGUAUGUGACACAUAUAUUUAUAUUUAACUAAAAUUAUAUAUUUUAAUACAAUAUAUAAAAUAUGUAGUAUAGUAAAAGAAAUGUGUUUUAUAUAUA